GGUUCAAAAACUAUGAGAAUGGCCGCUUGACUGCAGUCCCAGAUCUUCCACGCGCCGUGACGCCACUUGACGGGAAAUCAUUCACCGACUCAGAGGCGAGCCUGGCCAAGCCAGGAAACGAGGAGAUAUUCUCAUCAGAUGUUUCACAAGGAGAUGCAGAAUGCCAAGACAACUCCGACUUCGAAAAUGGUGAGUCUUCCCACUCGGGCCUCCCAGAACGCCGUACACUAAUCUCUCCUAGCUGAACUCUUCGCACGCAUUGCUGCAUUCUGCAACCCAGGCAACGGAUGUGGUGCCGCACCCAUGUACGACCGACCCUUCUCCUUCGCCGAGAAAGCCCGUGCGGCUGAAGAGGCUGAUCCCGACAAGGCCGUCAACCAAGUGGAGAUUGCACGCCGUGCCGAAAUUGAAAUAAUCAAAAAACUCUUCCUCCUUCCCGGGUCGCCGAAAGAGCUGAAUAUCCCGUCGCCGAUGCGCCGAAAGGUGCUUGAUGCCAUCACCAUCUCCACCGACCCCAAGAUCUUUGCCCCCAUCGCCGAGCACUGCCACUUGCUGCUCAAAUCGUGCUCCCACAGGAACUUCAUCCGUCUCGGCGUCUCCAAUGGCACGUUCGAAACCAUCUGCGUGGCGACCACCCUUGGCAUCGUCCUCACUCUCGGCGGCUUCAUGGCCAUGCUCCUCCUGGCUUUCGUCUCCCCUGGUUUCCGCCAAUGCUCUCGCUGGAGAGGAAUCGGCAUCUGGCCCAUGUGGAGCAUUGGCAUCGGCCUCAUUCUCUCCGGCUUGCGAGGCAGCUGCUUCUUCCUCCUGCUCUUCUCUCGCCGUCAACCGCUUCCAUGGGAACGCUUCGAGGAGGACAAUUCGCAGGCGACGAAGAGGAAGAACACCUUCAUCCGCCUAGUUUCGAGACUGAUGAUCUUUGACAGGAAGCUCAAGGUCAAGGAUGAUAAUCUGAGGCGCUUGCAACACAAGGUGGUGGCGCAGAGCUUGCUUGGUGGUGCGCUGUUUGCGACGAUGAUGGUAGUUGUGUUCUUGUGCUUGCCAAUCUGGAAGGGGCUCUGAUGAUCGAUAAUGUAAUGGGCGUAAUUUUCAUCUGUGUAUAACGGCCUCGAAUAUAUCCCUUUUCUUUGACUUGUCCUUUGAUGUCGUUG